CUGCUGGACGAGGACGAGACCAACAGGACCAAGGCCGCGUUUGGCAUCUCCCUGGUGACGGACGCCACCCUGAAGCGCUUCGGAGUGCGAUACCUGAGGACGGCUGAGGCCCUCGUCUUCCCCUGGUUCAGCCCCCGAGACGCGACGCUGAAGGGUCUGAAGCUCCUAAGGGUGGAGAAGAAGGGGGACGCCGUAACUUAUGUGGAAGAGACGUUGCCCCGCUUCGAUUCCUACCGCAAUCUCUUCGGGCUGCCCCUCAUCGGCCGCCGGGACACGGAGCUGGUCUUAACUGGCUGGGAGCUAGACGCCCUCGCCCUGCACCAGGCUACCGGGGUGGCCAGCCUGGCCCUGCCGCGGGGGGCCACUUGCCUCCCCCCCGCCCUCCUCCCUUACCUGGAGCAGUUCAAGCGCAUCACGCUGUGGCUGGGCGAGGACCUGCGCUCCUGGGAAGCCGCCAAGCUCUUUGCCCGCAAGCUGAGCCUCAAGCGCUGCUCCCUGGUGCGCCCUGGCGACCUGCAGCCCCGGCCCUUGGAAGCUCUCAACCAAGGCCUGAACCUGACCAAGAUCCUGCGUGCCGCCCUGCCCGCCAGCCACAAAUCCAUUGUCUCCUUCCGGCAGCUGCGCGAGGAGGUGUUCGGGGAGCUGGUCAACACCGAGCAGGUGGCUGGCAUCAAGUGGGCACGCUUCCCUGAGCUCAACAAGCUCCUCAAAGGCCACCGCAGAGGGGAACUCACCAUCUUCACAGGCCCAACGGGCAGCGGGAAGACGACCUUUAUCAGCGAGUAUGCACUGGACCUGUGCACGCAGGGUGUGUGCACGCUGUGGGGCAGCUUUGAGAUCAGCAAUGUCCGCCUGGCCAAGAUCAUGCUGACACAGUUUGCCGGCCGGCGCCUGGAGGACCAGCUGGAGCUGUAUGAUGAGUGGGCCGAUCGCUUCGAGGACCUCCCGCUCUACUUCAUGACCUUCCAUGGCCAGCAGAACAUCAAGACAGUGAUCGACACCAUGCAGCACGCUGUCUACAUGUACGACAUCACCCACGUGGUCGUGGACAACCUCCAAUUCAUGAUGGGACACGAGCACCUCUCUUUGGACAGGCUUGCCGCCCAGGACUACAUUGUUGGUGCCUUCCGCAAGUUUGCCACAGACAACACCUGCCACAUCACGCUGGUCAUCCACCCCCGCAAGGAGGAUGAUGAGAAGGAGCUACAGACAGCCUCCAUCUUUGGCUCUGCCAAGGCCAGCCAGGAGGCCGACAACGUCCUCAUCCUGCAGGACCGUAAGCUGGUGACUGGGCCGGGGAAGCGCUAUCUGCAGGUGUCCAAGAACCGCUUCGAUGGGGACGUGGGUGUCUUCCCCCUGGAGUUCAGCAAGGCCUCGCUCACCUUCUCGUCCUCUGGCAAAAGCAAGGUCAGGCUGAAGAAGAUGAAGGAGGAGAAAGUGCCUUCAGCCAAGCAAGCUCCAGAGGGAGGCUCGGGAGCCUCCAAGAACUCGUGAACCUGGCAGG